GAUACGUUACAGAAUCAGUCGCUGUCGAUCGCGUUAUCCAGGAGAAAAAGAAUGCUAUCAUGUGUUGUGUUUUCUCGUUGUUCUAGUGUACGAUUGUUGAAACAUUGCGAAAGCGAACGAUACGCUAUUGUGCACAGCAGCGAGAAGUGUGUUCGUUACAAUUAAGCAUCACUAAUACCUGCCCACCUGCAAAUGAAAUAUUUAAUGAAAGUAAACGACCUACAGACUGCUUCAGCAUCCAACCCGGGACCUAGGGUGGUUUAGUGUUAAUGAUGAAAAACAGUUUAACGAAUUAGUGGCAUAGGAAGUGCAUGUAUCGUCGGUCGUGGUUCGGCAAAGUAUAUCCACACCGCUGCCCUUGGAACCGCAAAAAACGUGGUGUUAGAUAGUUUUCCAAAAGAAAGCAGCAAACAUUAGACACCACGCGGAAGAUGGCGCUACCGAGUAGCCAAAGAUGGCGAGUGCUGGUGGUUGCUUUGUACGCACUGGUGUUGGCAGGACAAUUGACCGGUGGUGGAGCAGCGGUGACCAACAACAACAAUAAAGCCAACCAAUGUUGUAUGCCGGGCUACGUUUUGGAUCACUCCGAGGGUCACUGUUACCGGGCGGACGGUAAUCUUACCGCUCACGUUCAGUUGCACUGCAACGAAACCUACCUGAUCGAUCCCGCGGAAGAGCCGCAGUUGACCGUGAACGAGGUGGGCAACCUGAUCGACGGAGCGUACGAAAUUCCGAAACACCGGUUCUGCGUUGGCCACAGCGAGGAUGGGGACAGUGAGCACGGUGUGUUCGUCGUGUGCUUCGACAACGAAGACGAGGAGGCGAUAGCGACGAUGCUGAUGGCGAAGGGCAUACUGUUGCUGGUGUCCGUAGCGUUCCUAGCCGUCACGCUCUACAUCUACCUCAUCAUACCCGAUCUGCGCGAAACCCAGGAUAAGGUGACGUCCGUAGCGGUCGUCUGUCUGAUGGGGUUCAUGUUCCUGCUCAGCGUGAUACAACUCUGGGCCCCACUGGUGCACACACCUUACUGCAGCUCCAUGGCAUUUGUUAUGUACUUCUUCCUCAUAAGUUACUUCGCCUGGUUGAACAUGGUGAUGGCGAACGUAUGGAAAUUGACAGUGGCCCGCCGCUGGAAGAUUAAAGAACGGUCCUGGUACAUCUUGAACCACAUCUACGCAUUUACCAUCGCUCUGACGCUAAGCGCGAUGGUGUACAUCUAUCACAGCCGGUAUCCGACGUUCGGAGAGGUUUCCUGCUGGUUCCGAACGGAACGGGAACAAUCGUUUUUCGUCUAUCUACCGCUGAGCGUGAUGCUGAGCAUCAACAUCUUCCUGUUCGUCUGGACCAGCAUCCAUCUGCACACGAGUGGCGACGAUCUGAGCGCGGACCGGAAGAAGGCACUGCGCUACAAGUGCAUGCUGUACUUGAAACUGUUCCUGCUGUCCGGGCUGCUCUGGAUCUUCGAGAUACUUUCCUUCCACAUAGGCGAAGGGAUUGCCCCAAAGUCCUGGUUCUGGAUUUUGGUCGAUUCUGUGAACUGUCUGCACGGUGUACUUAUCUUUCUCGUGCUGAUCGUCUGGCGACAGCGGAUCAAACGCGAGCUGGCCAACCGGUGGAUAUGUUGCUUCCGUGGGCCGGCACACUGGGCGCAACUGAAAGAUGACGAGCAAGAGCAGCUGCAGGAGGACGGUCCCGAAGCCACAAAGUACGAUCUUAUCAUCAAGUAAACACGGUACGUAAUCAGUAUUUCGCUGAACAACGCAGCAGUUGCAGCAGCAGCAACAGCAGCAGCAACAGCAGAAGAACAGUUUGCGCAAUAUAGUACUGGAGGCCUUAGCAGUUAUCUUGAUUGUCUGUGUGUUCUGAUAGCAAAUGCUCGCCAGAAUGGACAUAGUUUUCGAUUUCAACAUACAAGUGGUUUCAACGGAGCAGGGAAAAACGGAAAGACGAAGAAAAAAACCACGCAACAGGAAAGCGAAAGGGCGGCCUUUUACUGGCGAUAACGACAAAACCAAAGCGGAGCGCAGACAUAUGCGCUUUUGGAUACGUAGGAGAGUAGUAGGCGGUGAAAAUGGUGACACAUUUUUAUACAGCACCGAACGGAACAAAGUUCGAAUCGACGGCAAGUCAUUCUGCAAGCCAUUACGGAAUUUAUAAUUUUGUAAGGCGUAAAUGAAGACAUCUGAGUUGCAAUAAAUGUACUUAUUUAACAAACG